CGUACCGGUGGGCUGGUGCGGUGCGUAGAGUUGAGCUUGCUUUAGUUUGGGUAGCGAGCUGGAGUUGUGCUUAAUCCAGUUUAUGUGGUACUGGCGCUCUGUGGCUAAAUACUGGUAUUUAUUUCCUCACCUUUCCUACAAAUUGCUUGGGGGACGCUCCAGAGCCGUGCUUGCCCACCUGCUGCCUCCUAGCACUGCUGCUUCAGGGCCAGGCUUGUCCUCUUUGCAUCUCCUCAGUCGCAGCGAACUGCUGAGGUGUGAACUGCUUAUAGACUUUUGCAGUAGAACAGAUAAACAAGGAUACUUCAACCCUUUUAGUGCAGUGCACUGUCACAGAUCCAGCCAUGCCUGCGGAAAGGAAAAGUGAUAUGGAGAGGAUUGGCCUCUUCAGUGAAAUAGGUUAUAUUACCAUUGGAGAUAAAUAUGUAUCACAUCAUAUGCGCCCUUUUAAUGAAGCUGCGAGCAAGAACAGACAGAUGUUACCUGGGGGGACCAAAACACUGUCAGCUCUGCAGGCAGGUUAUUUUGAGCCUCAGUUUGUGAGGAUUUUCAAUGGUGAAGCCUACUCAAACCCUGUUCAGCUAAGGAGACGCUAUAGAUUGGCAGAAUCAAAGAAAAAUUUGGGCAAAGCUUUUCUUCCCAGUAAUGGAGACAAAUUGCCAUGUGGACGUGGCAGCUAUUAUGGAACCAUAGGAGGUUCGUAUGCAUACUUCAGUCCACAGCUGAAAGCCAGAGGAAGAUACAUUCCUCCUGGAAGGAAUUUUUAUACUAAUCCAGGAAAGAAAGGAACUGGAUAUGGUUAUGCAAACCUUACCAUAGGUGAACAAUAUUUGCAUGAAGCUGAUGGGUAUGAAGCAGAAAGAAUAAAUGCAAAGAAAGUGCAAGAGGAACAUAAACGGUUGGUUAAAGGAGGGCCUUUCAAGCUAAAUCUGUAUCCCCAGGAGUAUUUUGACAUUAAUCCCUAUUUGAAUGACAAACCUUUGCCACCUGUGAAGAAACCACCUUCAGAGAAGCCACCUGAACCACCUUUCAAACCAAGUUCUCCUGCUAAAAAGUCAGGGGGCAUGAAAGGAGGCACAUUUGAUCCUUACCCAAGCCAUUCCACUGACCCUUAUGAAAUUAAAAAAUCUGAUGCUGUCACAACUAAUAAAGGACGACAGAUUUUUCGUCCUCCUGCUGGACCAAAAAGCAGACCUGUUAGAAGCAUAAUAACUCUAAAUGUCACAAGAUCAUUAAAUGUAAAGAACUACAAGACUGCACAGCUGACAUCUUAUUAAAAUCAUAGUUUUUAAAAGAAAUUCCAGACUGGAUCUCACAUUUCCUGUCAUCAGUGAAAAGAAAACUAAACCCAAGAAUUGUUGGUCAGGUCUUCCAGCAUGUGCUGAAGCAUAAAAUCCCUUACCUUGAGAUCAAUAAGACUCAACAAUAUUUUAAAAUAUUAAUUUAUACACGAAUUUUGAUGAUUUCUCUAUCCAAAGACCUAUAACAGAAUUCCUUCUUUCUUUGUUUAUACAUUCUGUUAGAUAAUGGUACUGGUGCUGACCUUGGGUACCUUAAUGUCAUCUUUGUAGAGAGUAUCAGGAGCCUUUGCCAUGUUGUUCACUUCUGAAGUCUGCAGACACAGCAUUCCUAGGUAGAUUGAACUGCACUGUACUUCUAAACUGCUUCCUCCUAACUGCUGUUCUGAUGUAGUAGAGCUGAUGAAGACUGCUCUGAAGUUUUUCUUUAAGUCAUUCUGUCUCUUUUUCCAAGUCUUCCUCUUCUAUUUUAUUCUGUAUUUCAAUAAUCUUUUCAUUCAUUAAGAAGAUGGAAAUACUGAAAGCUGAUUAAAAUGUAGGGAGCUUAAUUAAAAAAAAAUCAAUCUGGCUUAGUAAUGUUAGUGUAUGUGGACUAGCCUCAUGUGGUCAUCGUGUGGAAGCCAAUAUUUUCAACUGAUUAAGUCCCCACCAGAAAAUGGUGGUCCCAAGGAGCUGACACCCAGUUCUAGCUAGGGCCUCAGUAUGCUUUUGAUUACAAGUGAUAAUUGUGUCCCUUGGCUUCUUGGCAGUACCUUUGACUGUGAUGGUGGAAUUUAGAACUUUCUUGAAUUUCCUUACCCAGUUAUCUAAGGUAAGGAGGACAUUGGACAUCACUUACAUUGUUUUUAUAGUAACAGCUUCCCUACAUCCUUAUGGUAUAGAUAUAGCCAGUCACAUUUAUAACUGAUUCUGACCAGAAUCUAAUAGUUACAAUCUGAAGCAACUUCAUGCUUAUGCAAGCGUUAAACACCUGAC